CGUAGCCGGGCACUGACUAACGGGUCAGCGUCGCGUCGCCCGCCGUUGCCAUUUCCGCAUUUGGUGCCCAGGAAGUGGGCGGCGAGGCCUCUCGGUCUCCAAGACUCCUUCUUUCUCCAUCCUGGGAUGGCCGAGCCUGGCAUCCGCGUCCGGCCCGGCCCCAGGUCCCCCAUAGGCCCUGCGAGGCUGCUGGGUUCCCUGUGCUGACAUACUUUUCCACCAGGCCUUCCAGGCGUUUCUUACUCCGGGGACCCGAAGAGAGACAUAGGCUGACUCCAGUGAGCUCUGUAAAGACAACUGAGCGGGCCAGAACACUCACAGAGCUCAGCAUGGUAUCCUUGAUCUUCAACAGGGUUGCCAAGGGUUCUAAUUUUCCCGUUUUCAGGCCCUGUGUGUGUAAGCUGCGUGGAGCCUAGUGCACUAAGCCACACCCCACCCCUCUUAACGUUUGGGAGGAGGGUUUUAUUGUUGGUAGCUUAGGUUUGGAAUUUUGAGACAGGAUCUCCCGUGGCUAACAAUACCAGCCUCAGUAGUAGCCAAGGCUGGCCUUGAACUCUUGAUCCUCUGUCUCCACCUGGUCUUGUAUGAUGGUGCUAUUUCUGAGGAUCCGGAGAAGAACACAGUGGUACAGGCCUAUAGCAUCAGCAGAGGCUGAGGUAGAAGAACGAUUGGAAAGUGCCAUGAUUCCUCUGUGGUCCUGCCUCCUGGUGGCUGCUGUAGGUAUCCUAGGCACUGUGACACCUCAUCCUAAGGCUUCCUCUCUGCAUCGUCUCACCAAGCAGCUCUUACAGCAGUAUCACAAGGAUGUCAGGCCAGUUUACAACUGGGCUGAGGCCACCACUGUCUACCUGGACUUUUGUGUUCAUGCUGUAUUGGAUGUGGACGUACAGAAUCAAAAAUUAAAGACAAGUAUAUGGUACCAAGAGGUUUGGAAUGAUGAGUUUUUGUCCUGGAACUCCAGCCUGUUCGAUGAGAUUCAAGAAAUCUCUCUCCCUCUCAGUGCCAUCUGGGCCCCUGAUAUCAUCAUCAAUGAGUUUGUGGACCUUGAAAGAUCUCCUGACCUUCCCUAUGUAUAUGUGAACUCCUCUGGAACCAUUAGUAACCACAAGCCCAUCCAGGUGGUCUCUGCAUGCAGUUUGCAGACAUAUGCUUUUCCCUUCGAUAUCCAGAAUUGUAGUCUCACCUUCAACAGCAUGCUGCAUACAGUGGAAGACAUAGACCUGGGCUUCCUGAGGAAUAGAGAAGACAUCGAGAACGACAAAAGGGUGUUUCUGAAUGACAGUGAGUGGCAACUUCUUUCAGUGUCCUCCACAUACCACAUCCUGCGGAGCAGCGUUGGAAACUUCGCUCAGAUUCGGUUUAACGUGGUGAUUCGCAGAUGCCCGUUGGCCUAUGUUGUGAGCCUCUUGAUUCCCAGCAUCUUCCUGAUGCUUGUGGACCUGGGGAGCUUCUACCUGCCCCCCAACUGCCGUGCAAGAAUUGUAUUCAAGACCAAUGUGCUGGUGGGCUACACAGUCUUCAGGGUCAACAUGUCUGAUGAGGUGCCAAGGAGCGCAGGGUGCACCUCUCUCAUUGGGGUCUUCUUUACAGUCUGCAUGGCCCUUUUGGUUCUCAGCUUAUCCAAGUCCAUCUUGUUGAUCAAAUUCCUCCAUGAGGAGCGACAUAGUGGGCAUGAACAGCCUCUUCUUUGCCUUCGAGGAGACUCUGAUGCUGAUGAGCCUGGAUUGUACCCCAGGGCUCCGAGUGCUGAGACAACAGAGCCCCCAGUCCGUCAGGAGCACCAGGUUCAGCCGCCAGAUACCCUGAAGGAAGUUUGGCUCCAGCUCCAAUCCAUCAACAACUCCCUCCGAACUCAGGAUCAGGUUUACCAGAAGGAGGUGGAGUGGCUGGCCAUCCUGUACCACUUCGAUCAGCUGCUCUUCCGGAUCUACCUUGCUGUGCUGGGGCUCUAUACUGUCACCUUGUGCACUCUCUGGGCACUGUGGAGCAGAAUGUGACAAUGGAGACUGCUGGUCUCACUUUGCUAUGGGGUCACAACACUUAGAGCAAGCUGAAUAGUGUUUGGAGGGGGGUUGAAAGGGAAAGAGUGGGUUGAUUUAAAAAAUGUCUCCCAGACUCUAUUAUCUCUUUUUAGUGACUACACAGAUGAGCAUCUUAUUGGUUAUUGACAGAACCAGUAAACACACAUAUUCAUAAUAAAGAUGUAUAAAGAGAAUAGAGUAUACAGUAACAAGCUCUCACUUUCCCUGAACCAACGUUAGUGACCUACAUACUUCGGCUUAAGCAAAAAUGUUUGCUUUUAGAUUUUUGAAGCGAUGUCUCUUGUAGUCUAGGCUAACCUUGAACACUAUGCAGCCAAGGAUGACUCUUGACACUCCUGCCUCUCUCUACCUUCCAAGCGCUGAGAUUGUACAUACUGUGCCACCAUGCCCAGCUCCAUUUGAUACAUUCUGCUUUAACAGUCCAUGUGUCAACUUAACCUCGAGCCUGGCUAAAAACAGCUUCAUUCCUCCAGGAUCAUCAACCCAUGGUUCUGUCUCCUCCAUUCUGUCUUUGGUCUCAUAUUACCUUAUAUCCUUCUCCCUUUAAAUGUUUGGUAGCCUCUUUAAUGCAUGUGUAUAUGUGAAGAGGAAGAGGGAUAGACAGACAGAUGACAGACAGACAGACAGACAGACAGAGAUUACCCAACAGACUACAUGCUUCCCGAGCCUGGUUCUGUUACUGUUCACCCAGGAGACCUUAAACUUCGCUUCUCAGACUUCAUUUUGCCGUAUUUAAAGUAGGGACUGUUAAUAUUUACUCUCUCCAUAUCAUAGAAUUAUGAGAGCAAAGUAACUCAACAUUUUGAAAAGUAAAUCAUCGAUGACAAAAAUAAAUCUGAGACUUGCCUGCUAUCA